CCCGGAAGUGCUUCAUGGUUCGCGUCCGUCAAAAACAUGCAGAAAAUACUUUGAUAUUUUUUGUUCCCUGAUAAACACCCAUGCCUGUAGGCACCUCCAUGCUUGCUAAUUACUUUCCUUUAGGGAAUAUCCCUGUAUUUAACGUCUACGAUCAAAGCAACUUCUUCUUGCAGAGAACCAUCCCCCAUCUUUCAUUCUAGCUUCUCUUCAGCAUGUCUCAAAACUUCCCCUACCGGAGAUUUCCUGCUCAGACGGAGACGCCUCCACCAGACUAUGAUUCCCGCCGGCCAGUAGGGGGGGAGUCUGACUUUUAUGGACAGCCCCAGCCCACCAGGUCCUUGGCCCAUCAGCAGUCGUCUCCUUCCUCUACUGAAACCCCCCACCCUGCCCAGGGUUCGGACGUGGCCGUGGGCCUCCUGCGGAGCUACGGUCUGGAUCCCACCGACCUGGCCCGUCUGGCGGAGCUGCCCGAGGAGAUGCUCAACCUCGACAGCCUCCCUCACCUCCUGCGACAGCUCAAGGAGGGGCGAGAGACGCCCAGCGCUCCUCCUCCUCCCUUGCCAGCGACCGCCAUCGCUCCGCUCUCCUCUCGUCAUCCUGGUGCGUCCCGUCCCGCCGCUCCUUCCGCCCCCGCCGCCAACGACCAAUGGGCGCAGAUCCGGAACCAGCCGGUCCAGUACCCGCUCGGGCACAUCCUCUCAGCGGCCAAGAGCCGUUCUUUUGCGCCGCUUUCUUGCGAUCGGCAGGACCGCCGGGCCGAUCCCAGACCGGCACCUGCUGCCGGGUCCAACAAGCAUCCCUCCGGCGCAGAGAAACCCCCGCCGCCUCCCUCGACCUCUUCUUGUUACAUGCUGGACUACGGCCACCAGGGGGGAACUGCGUAUCACGGUAAGCAAGGGAGAGCCGACAGGUACGAUAGGCCCGCUCACGGCCAGCCAGCCUCAGGAAGAACGGCCCUUCCUCGCCACUCUCAGUCCGACCCCGCGGGUAGCUACGGCUCGGGGCCCGCCAGGGACCCCCACAGGGCCCAGCACCGGGCGGAGCCCCCGCAGGAUCUUCUUCCCCACAGCAGGGCUGGCGCCGGGCCGGCCGUCGAGGCCCCCACGGCCCCCACCAGGAAGGAAGCCCUGGACUUCCACGGCUCGUCACCAGGAGCCUUCCCGUACUCUUGCUCGCUGUGCGACGUCCUCGCCCUCUCAGCUAAGGUUUGGACUCAACACAUCAAUGGAUCCCACCAUGCCGACAAACAGCUGGCCCUCCUACAGAGGUACCCUGAAUGGGACUGUCGCAUGGGAAGAAAAUCAAGGUUUAAUGACGAACCAGAAAAGCCAAAAGAUAAAGAAAGACCCGCCCUUCGCCCUCAGACAACCAAUCGCAAACCUGAGCACCAAAGGAAUAAAAGGAUGGCAAAAAAGACCGGGGGGGGGAACAGCAAAGUGGUGUGUGCCAAAUUUGAGGCCAAGUGCGUUGACGAAGUGUGCCUCAGGACAUUAAUCGAACCCUUCGGGAAGAUAGUCAAAGUUCUGAUGUUCCCUUGUUUGGCGUUUGUGGAGAUGGGCUCCAACGAGCAGGCCAGGGACCUGGAGAAGUACUACGGCAGUAACCCGGCCGCGGUGCAGGGCAAAGAGGUCAGCUUCGAGCUGUCCUCCACCUUCAGCUUCCUGCAGAGCUCCCGGGUGCUGAGCUUCACGCCGGCUCCUCCAGGAGAGGACGGCUUCUCGGACCUCAUCAGUGUAGUGAAGCGGUUUGGGGCUCCGCUGUACACACUGGCCCUGCCCUCACUGGCAUUUGUAGAGAUGAAGAUCGAGGCAGAAGCUCAGAAGCUCGUCAACUAUUAUGCCACCAACAGCCUGAAGGUGAACGGGGCAGAGAUCAAGGUCAGCUUCUCCGGAGAGUACAACACACUCAUGCGAGUGUCCACAGCCAGAAAGUACGAGGAGCAGGAGAAGGGAGCAGAAGGAGCUGGAGGAGGAGGCUCCUGCGUUACCAAGCGCUCCAGGAGCCGGAGCCCGAGGAAGGGGAGCAGCCCUGGAGCGGACGGGAGCCAUCCCAAGAGGAGCCGAUGGGGCGGAGAGGAAGGGGAGAGGAAGAGGAGGAGCAGCUCGCCGUCCCGAGAGAGGAGGCAGGGGAGCCAUCAGCCGCCCCGCGCCUCGGACGGUGUGUCCCUUACUGAGGAGGCGGUGGUAGACGCAGACACACCCCCAGCACAACCAGGAUCGGAGGCCGAGGUCGGGAUCCCAGCUGGAUCUGAUCCAGAUACCAACGAGGCCGGGACUACUCACGACACGGCAGAGACGUCUGAAGAGGAGAGCGACAUCGAGGGGAUGGCGGUGAUAGGAGAAGACGGCGAGAGCCUUGACGAUGACGAUGGAGAUGGAGAUGGCACGUCAGAUACAUCCGGACCCCCAGAACAAAUCAAAGUGAAGGAGGAACCAGAAGAAGAGACGCAGAUCUGCGAGGAGAAAGAGACGGCCUCUGUACCUGAGCUUAACAACCCGAAGGAGGUGGAUGAGGAUGGGGAGGAGGAGGAGCCCAACUUCCUGGAUAUCCUUGAGAACUGCAUCACUCUCGAUGAACUCUGCGAAGAAGACAAGGAAGAGAACGAUGAGAAAGAGAUGGAGAAGGAGGAAGAGGAGAAAAAUGAGAAAGAGACGGAGAUGGAGGAAGAGGAGAAGGAUGAGAAAGAGAUGGAGAAGGAGGACGAGGAGUGUAUUUAUGAAGAUAAGCAGGAGGAAGGGGAAUCCAAGGUGAUCCACUUCAGGAACCUCCCAUCAUCGUGCUUCACCGACGGCGAGUUUGUGGAUCUUGUGAAAGACCAAGGAAAGGCGGUCCGGUAUUUCCUCGUCCCUGACCGCCGAGAGGGUUUCAUCCAGAUGUCCAGCGGGUCUGAAGCCGUACUGGCCUCCAGGGAGCUGCUGGGGAACAACCCUAGCUUUAAAGGCUCUGUGAUGGACUUAACACUGACCGCCACGUACCCCAGUGUGUCCGCAGGGUGGAAGGUGUUAGACUCUGGGCCGGACGAGGACAGGGUGGAGGGAACAAGAAGGAGCGGCAGGAGCGGCUCCCACUCAGCGUCGCCACCACCACCCACCGCGUUGACGGAGGAGCCCUCUCACCUCAGCGCUGCGGAGGAGGAGUCGCCGCCUUCAUCCAGGAAGUCCUCUUCAGAGCAACAGGAAGUGGAAGUGCCUCGCCGGGAAGACACUCCAACACAGGAAGUGGAUGGCUCGGAAGAUGCGGCGUCCGAACCAGGAAGUGACGACCAGGAGCAACCAGACGAGGCCGGCGGGGACGAGACCACACCCACUCCAGAAGGACAAACGCCACAGACAGAUGAGAACUCGGAGGGCGUUUGCUUGGAAGAUGUGGAGUCCGAGCAGACUGCAGCUUGUACAGAGAGGUUGGGUCAACCCCAGCCAGGGCCUGCAGGGGGCGACGUGGAGCCUGCUAAACCCACAAAACCCAUCGGUGCCGAGUUCGUCCGUCCCGUCGUCGGCUACUUCUGUAACCUCUGUGAGGUCAUCUACGUGGACGAAGAGGAGGCCAAGGUCGAGCACUGCAGCAGCCUAAUACACUACCAGAAGUACAAGGAGCACACAGGCCAGGACCCUUGGAGCACCUGAGACAAUUUUGAUUCAGAUGGGAACGAACGCCUUCCACUGAUUGGCUUGUUAUACCAUGUAACUCAUACCCUCAUUGGUCAGAUGCCCCUUCAUGCAACUAGCUAACCAUGUCUGCCAUGAAAAGGCAAAUGGCAUUUUUUGUUUCGUUUCUCGAUUUUAAAAUGGUUAACCCACUUUUUGUGGAACUUGCUUUGUUUGUAAAGCAUUUUGUAAUCCUCUAUUGAGAUGUUCAAUGUGCAUAGUGUUAAGCCCAUGUAGUCGGGCAUUAUGUCUUAAACAAGCACAUCACUGCACGGUCAUUUCUGAUAGGUUUUUUAGUUGUAUGUAACUUUUGGACAUCUACACCGCAUUGGAACUUGAAGAAAAGGCUUUUAUAUUUUAAAACCGUGCCAUUUAUUUUUCCAAUAAAGAGUUACGCCUCGUGCCGUUAUGGCUUAGUUCCGAUCACAUCGACCCGGGUUUGAUUCCUGCCCUCGUUUCUUUGCUGCGUGUCCUCCCCUCCAACAUACCCUCCUGUCCAUCUCAAUAUUGGAGCAUAAAAAUGAAAAAAUAAACUGCACUUUAACGGCA